AUGACUUCGAGCAGACUUAAAUGCAAAAGAUGUGGAAACGUGUCAGAAAAAUAUGAGCCGUUUAUCGAUCUCCAACUUGCAUUAGCUCCAACACUCAGACAAUGCGUUGUACAGUAUGCAGAAGAAGAAACAUUACAUUAUCGCUGUUUAGAAUGCCGUCAAGACGCUGUUUCUUGUAGGAGAUUUAUAUUGUCAACACCUCCUAGAUAUUUACUUAUUCAGAUAAAAAGAUUUAAAUCUGAGCCAAGUCCAAUUAAAUUAGACAGCACUUGCCGAUUUCAUAAAAUUUUGGAUCUCACAAGCUUUUCUGAACAAAAAACAGAGUACAAACUUAUUGGGAUUGCUGUACACAUUGGGUCUAUGAGUUCUGGGCAUUAUAAAGCAUAUUGCAAAAGAGGCAGAAAUUGGUAUUGUUUUGAUGACAGUUUCUGUACAAAAAUCAGCUUAAAAGAAGUUCUUUUGCAGCAAGCUUAUGUUUUGCUUUAUAAGUGUAUUAGUUUGUAA